AUGUACCCAACGGACCUUAAAAAUGGAAUCAAGUUGAACCCUUUCGUAGCCAACCACAACAUUAUGUUGAAAACAAUUCAAAAUCUCUGUUACAACAAAGUUAAUGUAAACACGUUUAAUAUGACAUCACCAUUUCUCGUCGACAAUAUUCUGCAUCAACAGAAAACCGUCAAUUUUCACAAUCAAUUCAUAAAUCAACAAUUGGAGACUUACAUGCAGAGACAGAGCGUCUCCAGAGAGAAUACUCCAGACGGUGAUGAAGCUAAAACAGCUGAGCAGGAUGACGAGAACCGUACAGAUGAGAUCGAGAAGUUAGAUGAUGAAGAUUCGAAAAGUAGAGAUGAUGAUUUUAAUGCGAAAAACGAUGCUGCGUUCUACAAUCAUGAUAUUUAUCAGAGGAAUGACGAUAGAUGCGAUAAGGAAGUUUUGAACAUACCAAAUCUAGCCCGACGCUGUCAUUGCGGUUCUUUCGAUUGUCCGCCAUUCGCUUGCAAGAAAUCUGGCAUUCGGAGAUUGGAAGAGUUAGAGAAAAGGUUCAACUUACACAGUUACCAAGAGAGUUCUGGCUACCAGGAGAAUUCUGGCGAUGAAGGGGAGAAGGAGAAGUAUAGUACAGACGAUAUGGUUAGGAGUUGUGAAGAGUUUAAUAAUGAACAAAAAAAACCCUUGCUGAAAUUUAGUGUUAGUGCGAUACUGGGCGAGGAACGUGAUCCGACUAAAAAUGUUAAUGAAUACCGUCAGCCGGUCCUCGGGAACCCCUGGCCCAUCGCGAAGCCUAUCGCCAGCAGACCCAUACCCGUCCAACACCACUUACAGCAUCUUCUCGCGCACUGUCAUCACCCGUACUUAGUAAGGCCAGCACAAGCACACACGCAAGUAUUCCCACUACCCGGCGGGUUUCCCUGGGCGCAUAGCUCUAGAGGUAAACCAAGACGCGGCAUGAUGAGGAGGGCGGUGUUUUCAGACUUACAGAGAAAAGGGCUAGAGAAACGGUUCCAGGUACAAAAGUACAUAUCGAAGCCUGACAGGAAGAAACUCGCUGAAAAACUAGGCUUGAAGGAUAGUCAGGUGAAAAUCUGGUUCCAAAAUCGUCGCAUGAAAUGGCGCAACUCAAAAGAGCGGGAACUCCUAGCUUCCGGCGGUUCGAGGGAACAAACUUUACCGAACAAGAACAACCCACACCCAGAUCUAUCAGAUGCUGAAGCCGAUAAACCGAAAAUGUCUCCAGUCUCGAACGAAGACGAUGAAAUAAAAAACAAAAUGUACGCCUCAACGUCAAACUGUCAAGAUUAUCGUUAUGAAGACAAGAUGGCCGCUAGUAACUUGUUUGUAAGGGAAAAUGUUUUUACCAAUAUGGAGGAAGAUGACUACGAAACUGACGCGAGCGCGUCUGACGAGGAAAUCAAUGUGACAUGA